GGCUCUCAGCUUCACACCUGGUGCAGAAAGCAGCCAAUUGAUCGGAAACAGCGUCGCAAAUCGCUACGAACCUGUCGGUCGUCAGUCUCCGGGGAAUAUUCCGAGGCAGGCCUCUUCUGCAUCUACAUAACAAGCUCGUCGACGCCCCCUCGCAGACAGAAACACAGCCUCCCACCCUCGAGGACCUUGCCGUGUAAACUCUGCUCCGAGCAGAGCAGGAGCAGAAGCCGCGUGAGCAGCAUGGCCUCCUCGUGGCACAUCUCUAUCAUUGUCCUUGUGCUGCUUUUUGGGGGAUCCAAAGCCAACCCAGCUGCACCUUCCCAUAGCCAGCUCGAUGUAAACCACAAGAACCCACUACAGACGUUCAGACCUUACAACAUUGCUCACAGGGGCUCAAAUGGUGAAUUACCCGAAGAAACAGCAGCAGCCUACCUGAGAGCUAUUGAAGAGGGUGCAGACUUCAUCGAAACCGAUAUACUCGCAUCGAAGGAUGGACAUCUGAUCUGUUUUCAUGAUGUAACAUUGGACAAUACAACCGACGUUGCGAACCGGACGGAGUUCGCCCACAGGAAGAGAACCUACGAAGUCCAAGGAGCCAAAGUUACUGGAUGGUUUGUUGUGGACUUCACUCUUAAAGAGCUUAAAUCACUGAGGGUGAAACAACGGUUCAGUUUCAGGGACCAACGGUAUAAUGGGAAGUACCAGAUUAUUACAUUUGAGGAGUUUAUCUUGAUUGCACUUUAUGCGGACAGGAUAGUAGGAAUAUACCCUGAGAUCAAAAAUCCAGUUUUCAUCAACCAGCAUGUCAAGUGGUCGAAUGGAAAGAAAUUUGAGGAUAAGUUCGUCGAGACACUACUGAGAUAUGGCUAUAAAGGUGCAUAUAUGUCUGAAGAUUGGCUCAGGCAGCCAGUGUUCAUUCAAUCAUUUGCUCCGACUUCACUCAUUUCUGUCUCAAAUAUGACAAACUCUCCAAAAGUGUUCCUAAUUGAUGACACAAAAACUCCAACUCAAGACACCAAUCAGUCAUACUAUGAGAUAACUUCAAAUGCCUAUCUUGCAUUCAUAAGAAACUAUGUUAUUGGAAUUGGUCCGUGGAAGGAUACAAUUGUUCCUCCAAAGGACAACUAUUUAGGACAGCCGACCGAUCUCGUCGCACGAGCACAUGCUCAUAAUCUUCAGGUGCAUCCGUACACUUUCAGAAAUGAGAAUUCAUACUUGCACUUCAACUUCCAUCAAGACCCUUAUGUCGAAUACGAAUAUUGGCUCAAUGAGAUCGGUGUCGAUGGGCUGUUCACUGAUUUUACUGGUAGUUUGCACAAGUACCAGGAAUGGACUAAGCCAUACCCGAAGAAGCAGAAGAAGGCGGAAGCAUUGUUGCAUGAGAUCGCGAACAUGUUGAAGGAUGAUGGAUACUGAGCAUAUAUAGGUUCCCUUUCCUUUUUCAUAUUUGUGUUAUUUUUGCCAGCACCAGAAAGCACUGUUUUGUUUUUAACACUCUGUAAUUGUUACUAAUAAAGCAAGGGAGGUGCUAACUGUGUAGCAGAAUAGAUUCAGAUUAGCACGCGACAAAUUUUCGUUCUGAAAACAGGGCUUCUUUUCAUUGGCUGGCCUCUAUGGAAGGUCCUAAAUAGAACAGGAUCCAAGGUACUAAAAUAGCAUAA